UUGUCUGGUAAUGACCCAACAUACGCUACGGGUUGGGCCCUGGUCGGCAUGCCUGCAUUUUUUGAUAAGUUUCCUCUUACAAAAAAAUUGCUCUGCGACACACACAUACAUCCUUUGCCAGUUUCCUGUAACCAUAGAGAUAGUCAGUUCAACCAAUCCCUAGUCAGGCUUGUCUGGAAUGGUUUCCUGUACUCUCUAUGAAUUUCCUUCCAGGAGAAGACUUCUUUCCCGCACUGCUAGAGUUAGUCGCUAUUAUCUUUGGGAAUACUUCUAUGGGACUUUAAAGCCAUGCAGGGAAAAACUCCAGGAGUCGCCACCAGGCCUUGAUUCAAUUCAUCGGUGUUCUCCAGAACAGACGUUCAGCGAUGGGGGACUGCAUUGGACACUUGAAACACGUAUGUCGAUGAGCAUCUCCCCAGUGAUGGUCGCUAUGCCAACUGAACUAGCCACUCAAAGUACUGCUCUGCAAAUUCCCGCUCAAACUGUGGGCGGUUACCGAAACCAGAUUGUUUUGGGAAUAAGCAACGUGUCGGUUAAGAAGCCGCCUUCUUUGAAUCAGUCAGCCGUUGGUUGUAAGACCUCAACUUUGCCCCAGGACUGCUGGGAUUUUGAGCUUACCUUGGCUGUUUUGUUGAUGGUCUUGGCUGGGCUUUUGAUUUUGCUAUUACUGUAUUGGGUUCUUCUGCUGCGCCACAGACUCCGUGUUGCUCAGGCCGGGAAUGCUCUGGAAUACUUCGGAUUCUACCACAUGGCACAGUAUGAUCUGAAGGAGCCAGUACCUCCUUUGCCACCGCAGGGUUCCUCUUCUGCUGUUGCCAUCCCUUCUCUUCCAUCCCUACCUCAGCCUCCUUCCAAUCAUCCUCCUGUCCAUCUAACUCCUCCACCACUGCUGUAUUUACCCCAACCUAUGAUUCACACCACCCCACCCAGCCCCCACCCAUCUUGUGGGGCAGGCUCGGAUGCAGAGGUAUACGCACGAAUUGGACAUCUGAGGCCUUCAAGACCAUCAAGUGCGAAUCAGGCUCAGGUGAUCCUGUUUGAACACUCUGCACUUUAAUAGCCAGAGUAAAAUGGAAGAGGUGCUUUGUCAUUUACAUCUAUGACCAUCCAAAGUGACUUUUAGGGCAUAAACUUUUUUCAUUAAUUAUUUUGUCAAAACCUUAAUAUCGCGAAAUAAAUAAAUAAAAUAGACACUUAAAGCAGAGCUAUACAGGUGCUUUUUUAAAGGACACAAGUAGGUUUGAAUUUUAAAUUAGGACAGUAUAUUUAAAAUUGCUUACAUAUGUAAUUUUAAGAGCUUUUAAAUGUGUUAUGUUAAUAAAUUGUUAGUAAAAGAGGCUUUUUACACAAACAUAUACUCAAAUGACUUUGUUAUUUCCUUUAAAGGGAGGGAUUUCCUGAGGACACUUUCCUUUGUUUUUCCUUUGCCUCUUAGGUUUAAAAAAAUCCACGCUGUCUUGGCAAACUAUAAGCCUUGACUAUUUGAAACUGUUAAAUAUCAUGUACUGUAUACACUCUGUGGAAUCAUAAAUAAUAUAUAGGUGUACUUUCUGAAAGGAUACUAUCCCAAUGACAUCUUUUGUACCUUUUUUCUGAGAGUGAGACUUUGAGUUACUUGUGACUGUCACUGAUCCCAUAAAGGAGUAUUGUUCAUACAAUCAUACAAAAAACUGGUAACACUUUAGUAUGAGAAACACAUAUUCAAUAUUAACUCAAAUUUUUGCCUCAAUAAACUUCUAGGGGCGAUUUCCCGAACAGGUUUUAGACUAGUCCUAGACUAAAAUAAAUGUAAGAGCUGUCCAAACUGAAAACAUUGCACUGACAUAUUUUAAAAUACAUCAGUGCCCUUUGUUUUGCUUUAAAAUACACACAAGUAAUGUUUUUAGUAAGUUAUGUUUGUUAAGACAUAGCCCUGGCUUAAGCUAAUCCGUGUCCGGGUAACCACCCUCUAAUUUACUGCUUAUUUAAUACCUAGUAUGACAGUUGUUGCAGCAUUUAAGUGUAGUAUGGAGAUAAGAUUAAGGGAUGUAGAAUAAUGCAUUAAUAUGUACUUUUUCAGUACCAAUAAACUGCUAACAUGCCUGCAAAUAUGCAACUUAUAGGUCCCCAAUAUCUGAUGAAAAGAUAAUUUCAGGAAAGAGCCUUUAUGAGUUUAAUAAUUGUGCGCACAUUCCAAUACUUCGCAAACAUUUUAAUAAAAUUGUAGGCUAGAGUGAACUGAUUUUCUAUUUCUGUCAAUCAAAAUAAAAGCUUGCUGGUUUAUUUUUAACACAUCUUGGGCAGUGUUGGGGAAAGUUGCUUUUAAAAGUAAUGCAUUACAAUAUUUAGUUACUACCCAAAAAAUAACUGCGCUACUUAGUAACUUUUCAUGGAGAGUAAUGCUUACGUUACUUUUAAGUUACUUUUGCGUUACUUUUUCUUACUUGGCUGAGGCUUAAUCUCUUUCAGGCCUUGCAGGUGUUUUUAUGAUCGCAAAAAUAUAAUCUCCGUUUCUGACUCAAACUCUUCCCCCUCAGGAGUGCGUAAUUCUACAUUAUAUGUUCGGUUUAAUUCAGUACAUUAUUUUAUUUUUAAAUUGAAUUAAUUAAACUGAAAAGUAACUUGCAUUACUUUUUUAAAAAAGUAAUUCAAAUAUUAAUGUGUACAUUUAUAAAGUAAUGCGUUACUUUACUCUUUACUUCAGAAAAGUAAUAUUAUUACGUAAUGCGCGUUACUUGUAAUGCGUUACCCACAACACUGAUCUUGGGGUCUAGCUGUUGGGUAAAAUUAAUCUAGAAAAUGUUUAUAUUUGACCCAACAAUGGGUUAAAACAACUCAGCAUUUUGGAAGGAAACAACCCAUUAUAGGUUGAGUUACAUCCCAACGGACUGGGUUCAUCCCUUUUUGAUCAUACGCUGGGUUGAAAAGAACCAAGCAUUUUUUUGCAUAGUGCAUUCCGUGGGAACUUUUUCCUCUCCAAAAUAUGCCAAACAUUUUAUGUAUAAAUACAAACAUUUUAUAAAGUUAUAAAAGUAUAAUUAAAUCAUUGAAUGGUCCCCUCCAAAAAAUUGUGUUUUUGAAGCUUUGAUUGUGUUUACAGUGCGCAAUAUAACAUGUGUUCAUGUUUCACAUGAUGUCUUCCUUGUUCCAUGAUGUCCCUCCUUCAGAAAUACUUUUCGAGUUCUGAUGGUGUUGUUUGUUUAGUGUGUUUUGAUUUGAUAGCAGCUUAGCUUGCCGUUAGCUUAGCUGGCGACUAACGUAUUCCUAUGGGCAGAGUUUGGUCAAAAAACUGUUCUACUGACAUCAUUAAAGCAGGAAGUAAAGGGCUGCAGUCCAAACCGGCCGUUCGCUGUAGGCUUUGAAAGGUGAAUUCUAUUAAAGAAAAUAUAUCGCCUGACAGUGAACUUUGAGCAUUAUCAUUUUACAGGUAUUAUUUAUGCUAUUAUAGCAACAUUACACACUAAUAGGGUUUAAAAAAUGGGAUCAGAAAGAACGUGACCUUUAAAGAAAAUAUAUCGCCUGUCAGUAAACUUUGAGCUUUAUCAUUUUGCAGGUAUUAUUUAUGCAAUUACAGCAACAUUACACACUAACUAUAGUUGGAAAAAUGGCACCAGGAAGUAAGUGACCUUCAAUGAAAACUAUAUUGUACUCAGUACAGCUGAAGCCAUAAUAAAAACUCUAUGUUCCUCUCCAUAAUCUAUAAUAUAUUCAAAUGAAUGAGUGUAGCAUUGUACUAUAAACCUUGCAUGCACUGCUUACGCAAUAUGGCUGAUAAAAUGAAAAUAUUCAGGGUUGAUGUAUUGAUGCUCACAUCAUUUGAUUGUCUGAUAUGCAAGCACCAUAAUUCCUGUUAUAGGACAAUGCCUGUGCAUAUUUUAAAGAAACAUUUUCAUUUUAUGUAUGAAAUAUUUGUUUAUCAUGACUUCUAAUAAGAUGAAAUGGGCAGGUGAACUUGUGAAUUGCUAUUAAAGUGAGCACCACGGAUGAAAACAGAUGUCUCUGACAUGGUAUUUAUUAUUUCUUUGUAAUGAUUAUCUGAAGGCAAAGGAAAUUUGUCAAUUUGAGAGUUCACAUUUUGUGACAAAAUAAAGUAAUACAUCUUCAUUUGAGCCUCAAAGUAUUUGGAAAAAAUGCUGGGUUAUUUAUAUCAAUUACUGAUUUCUUCUCU